AUGAUAAAACUAAAUCCACGUCAACAAAAAAUUAAAUCCAUAAGAUUAAUAAUCUUAUCACUUUUGAUUAUAAACAUUGUAUAUAUAUUUACUUAUGGACUUAAUUUCGAUUUGAAAAGCAUACACCAUAUAAUUCAAAACUCAUCAUUUAGAAAUAAAAAUUUGUCAAUUGAAGAUCAAGAAUUAAGAACAUUUUUAUCAUAUAUAAAAUUAAAAUUCAACCUAGCUACCUCACCAAAUGUAAUCAAUGAAAUAAAAAAUAAUGUAAUAAUUAAUCAAAACAAUUUAAACUCAAGUUUAAUAAUAUAUAAAAAUCAUACUGAAUAUUGGAAUUCAGCACAAACAAUAUUUUAUGAUCCGAGAUUUACCCUAACAAUGUAUUUACAUGAACUAAAAUUACAAUACCAACAAAGACAAAUAAAUUCAUUAGAUCAACCACAACAACAUCCAAUUACGUUACCUUUUAAUUGGGUAGAUUGGAUGGACUUAACCUUGUUAAAUAAAGACAUUCUUGAAACAGAUCCAGCAAAAAAAAUAUCUUGUGAUACAAUAGUUAAAAAUUCAGAAAAUCAACCAGAAGGUUUUAAAUUUUGUUUAAAUAAAGAGCAAAUAAGUGAAGAAAAAUUACAAGAUUUGGGGUAUAGAAAAGAUCAAUUGCCAAAUUUUUUAAUUUGGGCUCAUCAAGCUCAUACAAAAAGAAUCUAUAAUGAUUUUAGAAUUUUACAAUCAAAAUCUUUUGCAAUGAUUAAUAUGAAACCCCCUUUAAAAGUUGUUAUUUUAAAUGAUAUAGAAACUUUUGAAUUUGAAGUUGAAGGUAUUGAUAGAAUAAACAAGACACCCAUGUUACAAAAUUAUUUAAAAUUGAAUAAACCACAAUCAGAUCGAAUUGAAAUAAAUUACCUAACAGAGUUUCAAAACUUAAAAGAUUCAGUAUCACCAACUAUUGAAAAUCAAUCACAAUCAAAAAAUUAUAAAAUUACAUUAAACGAAUCAAUGUUUCAAGUAAUUACAAUUGAUCAACACUUAACAAAUUUACCAGAACCUUAUAUGUUCACACCACAACAACAAUUAACAUAUAAUGGUCUUAUAAAAUGUUCAGAAUCUUCAGCAAAAGAUGAAAAAAGAUUUUUUAAAAUGGCAACUUUAAGAAUUGAUGAUGAUAAAAAUUUAGAUAAUGAUUGGGGUUGGCAUUAUGAUUGGAGAUUUUUCAAUGGUGCAUUAAAUUAUGAAAAUGGAUUAACAAAACAAGAAAAAAAUUUAAGAAUAUCUAUAAUUUUAGAAAGAUUAUUAAGAAAUUGGAGUAAAUUUGCUUUAGAAAAAAAUAUAAUAUGGUGGAUAAUGCAUGGACCUUUAUUAAGUUGGUAUUGGAAUGGAAUGAUGUUUCCUUUUGAUGUUGAUGUUGAUAUUCAAAUGCCCGUAUCUGAGUUAUAUAAAUUAAAUGAGUUAUAUAAUCAAACACUAGUGGUUGAAAAUCCAACAGAAGGGUUUGGUAAAUUUUUAAUUGAAACAAAUACAUACAUUUACAAUAGAGAUUUUAGUGGUGGUGAUAAUUAUAUAGAUGCUAGAUUUAUUGAUAUUGAUAGUGGGAUAUAUAUUGAUAUUACUGGUAUAAGUAAAAGUUCAAGUUUACCAACAAAAGAAUAUGGUGAACAUCCAGAAAUUGGAAUUCAAAAAUUUAGUGCAGAAGAUGAAAUUUAUAAUGAUAGAAGAAAACAUUUUUAUAAAUUAGAUCAAUUAUCACCAUUAAAAUUUACUUAUUUACAAAGUAUACCAGUAUUUAUACCUAAUGAAAUCAAACAAAGAUUAACAUUUGAAUAUCCCAAAGGUUUAACAAGUUAUGAGUAUUCAGAUUGGUACUUUGUUAAAUUUUUACAAUUAUGGAUUCAUAAAGAUAAUUUAAAUUUAAAUUUUGAAAAUUAUAAAAAAUUGAAAAAGGAUUCAACAAAUGAUUAUGAAUGGGAUAAAAAUAAAAUUAUUGAAGAUUUGGAGCAAAUCUCAAAUGAGAAAAUUUUAGAAUUAUUGAAGAACAAGGAAAUUUUGUAUGAAUUUUUUAAAACUUUUAAUUAUACUAAUUUGCAUGAGAAAGAAAUGAUAUAUUUUGAUGAAGAUCUUGAUGACGAUGAUGAGAAUUUAAUUAGGUAUGAGGAACUUGUUGAUAUGUUCAAAACUUUUAAUCCACCUUUAAGAUCAAGUUUAUGGGAAUUUGAAAAUGACCUAAAAAAUAAAAAAAUCAAAUCGUAUUAA